AUGGCGAGGACUGCUUGGGAAAGGACAUUUUACAGUGAGAUAGAGGAACGAGCAAUCCCCUAUGUGUGGGCUUUUACUAUUGAUAAAAGUCUUCAGGGACAGCAGGCAGGAUGGCUGCAGUACUCACAGUCCACUUUUGCCAGGUUUACUUGCUCGACUUGCCCCCGAUGGUGGUACUCAGCAGAAGUACAUAUCUUAUUUUUCAUAAAGCUGGACAAACACCACAGAUUUGGCAUUGUAAAAAUGAGGCUCUUUAGACAGCAGUGUAAGCAUUGCCACUCUGGAGUGAUGGAAGAUCCGGAGAUAACUGUUGAGAACAUGGAAAGGGUCAUUCACAACCUGGUCAACAGAAUUGAGGAUAAAAUCUAUGGACAGUAUGUUGGAUACCAAGACAAGAAGUCUGUAGUCUAUAGUGAUACAAUUGAUGGCCCUCAUGACCAGGCACACUGUGAGGCAUGCAAGCAAAAAGUAUGUCGAUGGCAGCAGGCAAUGAAAGUAAACUAUGUGGCACAACCACCAUAUAACAUUUUGCCAAGACCAGCUCCAGAAAUUCAUUUACCACAAAGAACUCUGCCAGUCCAGGAAGAACAACAUAUUGUUAUUAUUAUAGUUUUUUUUGUUAUAUUAUGUUUUGCAUGGUUUUGCUCAAAGUAA